AUGGACAUGUUCAACUUCACAACCGCAGCCUCGUCUUCGGCAAUACCUUCAUAUGCCCCGGUGGCCAGCAGCAGUGCCGCCAACAACGGCCGCAACUUGGGCGACAUGACCUUCUCCCAGCUAGCGUCGCAAUAUGGCAAUCGCAAUCAUCCCCUGCAGUCUCAUGAGUCCAAAAGGAUAAAGGUCGAGUCGCCGCACUCAGCCUUGGACUCUAUCGACUCAUGGCUCCAGUUUGACGAGGAGGCCGAUAAGUUCGGUAGCUUUGAGAUUGACUUUUCCAAGCAGUACAACCCGGCUAACCAGCCAAGGCCUGCCACAAAUAUGACACCUGGUCUGGGCAGUGGGCUGUAUGCCAAUCCCACCCAGCAGUUCAGAGAAGAAGACUUCCUCGAUGAUAGCGCCUUUGACCAUUCUCUGUCCGAGGAUGACGACUUAUUUGAUACGAUGAAUCUCAAUGACCAGCUGCCCAAGAUUGAGACGCAGCCCUCGACCGAAGCCCAGUCAUCCCGGAGCCUGUACUCGACGCCAUCAAUGGGCUGGGAGAAGCCCCAAACGGGCAUUAACCCGGGCGCUGUUUCGAUGGCGGAAGAGAUCCCGAGACGCAUGGGCAGCGAUGCCUGGGACGCCAUUCCCCAAGCUGCUGCCAACUUUAACCUCACUCUAGACGAGCGCCGCCGGCUUCUCGAAAUUGCCAUGGGCUCCAGCCGGAUGUCAGCCUUUAUCUCUCCCAAUCGAUUCAACACGGGAUACGGCGGUUCUUCAAUGCAGCCCAGCAUGGGCCAGGAUUUCGGCGGCUUUAGCUUUGGCCCGAAACAGGGGAUGAGCCACGUGGGAAUGUUCCAGAGAAACAAUUCUACCGACACCACUGCCUCUGGAAUCUCCCAGCCGAACCGUGAACUGAGACACAAGCACUCCAAGCACGAGACGCCGCCCAAGAUGGUGCCCGCGAAACGGCCAAGCACGCAUUCGGAAAGCAGCAGCGUGAGCAAAGAAAAGGCAAAGUCUGCUGAUCGCAUUGCGCAUAACGACGUUGAGCGGAAAUAUCGGACCAAUCUCAAGGACAAAAUCACUGAGCUGCGCAAUGCGGUGCCAGCACUGCACCAGGUAGCUGAAGGAGAGCCAGAUAGCGCACAAGGCAUUGCCAAAGUCAGCAAGGGCACCGUACUCACAAAGGCAACGGAAUACAUCCACCAACUAGAACAACGCAAUAAAGACAUCAUGUCGGAGCAUAAGCAGCUCGCACGGAGGCUCCAAGCAUUCGAAGCACUCCUCAACGAUUCGAUGAGAGUCGACAUCAUGCCCAGUCAUAGCAUGGCACUCUUUGACCCAAGAGGAUUCUGUUGA